AUGGCUGGGCAGUUGCAGUUGGGAAGAACAGGGGCCGUGCCGGGCGAGGGUUCCCAGCUACCGCGGCUCCCUGACACGUCGGAGGAGGAUGCCAGCCCCAAGAGGCGUCGGGCUGGCGAGCUCGGGGCGGGAUUGUCUGCCGGCCGCAAGAAGAACAAGGCGCCUGGCCAGGCGUUCGAUUGGGACGCGCUCAAGCAGCUCUUGUGCGAGCAGAAGGACCAGAUCGUAGGGGAAACCAGAGCACAGGCUCACGACAUGGUCAAGGCGUUGGACGCUAAGGUGGGGUGCAAGUUCGCAGCCAUGGACGACAAAAUGUGCUCUGUCUCGGAGCGGUUGAAGAGUGUGGAGGAUAAGCUGGCUCGAUUGGAGGAAGCACCCCGCUGGCGUGGAGCGGGCGACGCAGAGGAGCGACGCCGAAGCACACUGGUGAUUGGGGGGUGGAACAUGGAUACCCCUCGCCGCACCAUACUUGCCGAGGUGGACGAGGCACUGGACAAGCUUGACCUCACCAGGUUCACCGAUGCUAAGGCCUUCACCACGGGACCGCGCAGAAGCGUGGCACUCUUGAGCUUCGAGCUGCGCCCGGGAGAAUCAGAAGGGGACCGUCGGAAGCGCAUGCAUGAGCUUGUGGCCACGGUUGCAGAGGCAAAGCCCCACACAUCCCAGAAGAAGCGCAUGUGGAUCAGCUACUCCAGGACCAAGGCGGAAAGAGAAAUCGCAGCACAUUGUGCGUGGGUGAAACGCACCUUGGCCAGCUUCAACCAGGAACUACUACACCACCUGGAUGCAGAGUACAAUACCGGCACAGUUUGGCUUGGGGAAGCAGUUGUCGCCAGCACGACGAGAACGCCGCCUGAAGGGUUGCCAGAGGGAGCCUUGCUUUGGGACGACAAGAGGGUUGGGAUCAAGCCCUGGAUCAACAUCGACGGGAUUGCCAGGUUCAGUGGGAUUACCCAGGCGGAUUUGCAUGGAAUUCAGGAGCCGGAACGAGCACUCCCGAACACCGAGGAGGCACCUUGCUCCACAGAUCUACAGCACAGCUCUUUGGAAGCCGUGGGCGAGUUGCGAGCGCCACGGAGUCCACAGCUUUCACCGCCGACAGUGACCUUUCCUUUCGUGGGCUGGAACCUAGGAGGAGCCUCGGUUACCGACUACCCUCAGGUUGUGGCCGACGUCCUUCGGAAACUACCGCCCCACUCCCUCCUCUCCUUCCAAGAAGUCCUCAGGAGCUCGCCUGGCUGGCAGACGGAAACCAGCAACGGCUGGACAAUGAUACACCAUCGAGGCGACGAAGUGUGGCGGGGCACCGGGAUUGCCUUUAGAUCCUCCUGCUGGAAGAUCAUGCGGAAAAAAGCCACCUCGCGAGGGAUUUGGAUCCGCUUGCGUGGGGUUCAAGGGGUUCAGCUGUGGGUCGGCACGGCGCACUUCACACCGGGUUGCACACAGCCUCAGCAUGCCAGGGAAGUACAUGAUCAUCUGGCAGGCCUCCAGGCGACGACCUUGCCAGUGCUACUUUCUUGUGACCUGAAUGCUGAAAUUUCGUGGGGCAGGGACCAGGACGGCCUUUGCCGAGCAGUUGGAACCAAUGGGAAAACUGACGAGUUCCUGGCUCAGUGUAGCCGUAGGAGACUUGAUGCUAUCCCGCCGCACCCCCAGGACUACGAUACUCCUACCAGCAGACCGCGCCAGGCCAACAGGGUUGGGAAGCAGAUUGAUUGUAUGCUGGCCACGACAGGGGUGGCGACCAGGGUUGAGAUUCACAAGGACUCUUACAUGACCGUUGGGACCGAUCAUGAACUACUCUCUACGGAGGUGACCCUCAGAGCCAGCAAAGGGGGAGAGCGCUACAGCACACAGCCAAGGGUUUGGAUUGGAGGGCCGAAGCAUGUCCCCGCCAUCACGCAGGACCUGCUGGUCGAGAUGGGGAAGGAAUGCACUAGGCCGAGGCGGAGCACGGCCUACAGGGACCCACCCGAGGUCAAAGAUGCCUUUCGGGAGGCCCGGGCUAAGCGGCUCCCAGCACUUUGGACUCUUGCUCGGAACCUCCGCAAAGGUGCUCGGAAAACCUGGGAACAACAGAGGCUCGACCGAGCGACUGCAGGGGACUGGGCUUUGCUCAAACAGAUGCGACCAGUUAAGCAUCAGGGGUGGGACGUCAACUUCGCGGAUGCACAGGAUGGCAGGGAUCCACACAGGGUUGUGCAUGAACACCUCCAAGGGAUCUACACUACAGGGUUGGUCGUGCCACCGGCUGCUCCGUGGGAAGGUGACAUUCAGCUGUUCUCCUUGGAUGAGCUGCGCUGGGCUUUGCACAAGGGCAAAUUCAAUAAGGCUGUGGGGGUUGAUGGGACGAGUCAUGAGCUUUUACAUGGGCUGUCUGAGACGCCGGGAGGACUAGAAGCACUCCUCGACUUCUACAAUGGGGUCUACACCACAGCCCGAAUCCCGGAGGACUGGAAUGCGGCACUUAUGAUUGUCAUCCCCAAAGACGAGUCGCCCACGGAACCAUCGUCACUCCGGCCACUCGCAAUGGGCAGUGCUGCGGCUAAGGUCUACAGCAGGCUACUCCUUGGUCGAACAGUCCCCUGGCUGACGGUUCAAGAAGGCGCCCAAUGCAGUGGGGUUGGGAAACAGCCAGCAGAAUACAUCUUUGGCACGGCAAGGGUUAUGGAGCUAGAGGCCGAGUGGCAUAGAGGGAUGGUUGCGGCUAAGAUUGACAUUCGCAAGGCCUUCGACAUGCUCCACAGACCGGCACUGCUUCGGAGACUCAAACAGGCUAUCGGGGACGGACCUACCUAUCGUAGUUGGCAGGCCAUGCUGAGUGAUACCUCUGCAGUCUUGCAAACAGGAUGGGGCAGUUCCCGACUACAGCUUGACCGAGGCAUUAGGCAGGGCUCUGUCGAAUCCCCGAUACUCUUCGCUUGGUUAGCCUCGCUAAUACUGCUCGAUGUCAAGGCCAGCAGAGGUUGGGACAGCCGCCCCAAGCUCUUCCCGGAGUUGGGCUGCCAGGACCUCUUGUUCAUGGACGACGGACUCAUCUGGGCACACACUGCGGCUGAGGUCAGUCAACGGCUCCAAGAAUGGGCCGACGAGUUGGAGAUUCACGGGCUCAUGCUGAACCCUAGCAAAUGCAAAGCCUACUACUCGCCCCACUGCUCAACCUGCUUACCCAUCCGAGUGCGUGGUCAUCUCGUUCCCCGAGUCCAAACCUUGGAGGUCAUGGGGGUACCUCUCCGAGUGGGGGCGACCAGCUCGGAACUACUUGCACCGUUGAUUGCCCGGGGCCGAGAUAAAUUCUGGGCACUAAAACACCUCUUCAGAGCCCGCACGCCACUGACAGGUAGAAUCAAGCUGCUGGACAAGAUCAUUGGUGGUACCUCCCUUUGGUGCCUGAGCGCACUUGCACCGGAUGCAUCGUCCUUGGCGCUCUUGAACAGCAUGCAACUGCAAUGUGUGGUGUGGGCCAUGAGGGUUGGCAAACGCACUCAGGAAGGUUGGCUUCAGUACAAACAGAGGGCAUUUCGCGGAGCCCGGCAGCUGGUCUGGAAUGUACUAGGGAAGCGCUGGUCCACGGUGUGGUUGGAACGGUGGUGGAACUUCUCAGGGCACAGGGCACGGGGGCUUGACAGAGAUGUAGUGCCGAACUCGUCGCUGAUCGAUGACUACAGGGCUGAAACUUUUGCUACUAACCGCGCGCCUUUCAUGAUGACCUAUUUUCUUUGCUGGCCAACUGGCCUCGUCAUGGUUCGGGUUGCCGCUUGGCCGAUGACCCUGCCGGACCGUGGACCUAUGGCGCCGCCCUACAUGAACCUCUAUGACGCAAUGUACCACGCCGACCCCGCCGAUCAAUGCUCCGUGCAAACCACCGCCAACCCGGAAGACCUGGAAGACAGCGUCCUAAUGCAGCACCUGCCACUCCAGGACUGGUUCCUCCUCCUGGAAGACCUUCGCAGAGGCCUGGAGGCUCUGACCAAGCAGGACCGUGCUGUAGCGGCAGUGCAACUCUUGAGGUGGCUGGACUUCACUGCCACUGAUAGGCAACGGGGCUACCUCCUGGGACACAUGGGAGGAAAGACGGCAGAUCUGCUGGCUCUGCUGGUGUCCGCUCUGACCGACACUGGCAUCGACCCACACGCCGUCGACGCAGCCUGGGGCACAACUUGGGUUUUGGAGAUGCGCGCCCGGAUCACCAGACAGCUCCGACUGCCUCUCCGAGAGGGCUGCGCUGCCCUCAGCAUGAACCUACAGAUUCAGGAGGACGUGGACAGCGAAGCCAACACAACGCGGGUGGGACCGGCAGCCGCAUCAGCACAAACCCACGCCGCGGAGACGGCGGGCUGCCCCUUGCCGCGACCGGCACCGGGAGACCUGGCAGCAGCGGGGCUCUCUAUGCGUGACCUCGUCAGGCUAUGGAAUGGUUGGCAGGACGGCAGCCUUGACCUGGAGAACAUCCGACGGCUCCACGGGCCGACCACCGCCGAGUUCGUACGAAACAACUGGGUAGACGGACCUGCCCAAGCACGCAACCUCCCCGACCUCUACGUCGACACUUCUGAAGGGAACGAGGCAAAGUCGGCCCAGGCUGUCUCGGCUGCGGAACCACCACAAGCGGAACCGACUACGGGGGAAACGAAGCCUCCAGUUACAACGGCCGCUGCCGGAAGAGACCACGCCCACCUCGGCGACGAUGACACGGCACUCCUCGCCCUGUUCGUCAAGCUCAUACCGGUGAUCCCGAAGGUGUUGGCGCCUGAGGUGCCCGUGGUGUGCGAGCCCACUGUACUGCAGUUGGCGACGGCAUGGGUGGAGCACUUCUUGCGACAGGGCCGAGCCAACCUGCUGCUUGCGAGCAACUUGCUGGCGCUAGCAGAGCAGCGGGGAUGUCGGGACUACAUGAAUGGCUGGGAGGACAUCCUCCUCGAGCUGGGCCUGCACCCCGAGGCGGAUAUGACCAGGCUCGCGGAGCUCUCCCCGCAGGACGUGGAGGUGCUGAGAUGGAUUGAGGCGGAGAUGUGGGACAACUACGUCGACGACCUCGAGGAACAAGUCGGCUGGGAAAGCCCGCAGGUCAUGGACGCAAGGGGACAGCACAACAUGCCACUCGGCGACCGGGUCUGGUGGCAAGCCCGAGCCCAACGAGGCGACUUCAUCGUAACAGAGCCGGAGCGGAGCUCGCAAGAAACGGGGGAUGAGCAGUCACUCAUGGAACGACACAGGCGCCGCGACUCGAGCCGGGACAGCGAUGGACCACGGGGGAGAGACCGACGACCGCGGACUGCGGGCAAUACCAGGAGCACGCCCUCUACGGCUUCCGGAUCGGCGCAUGACAGAUCGAGGACGACACCGAGGUACCUCAGGGAGGAACGCUGCACCACGGAAGUGCGGCGAUUGGAGCCCAGGGGACCACCACCGAGGCCGACGGUGACAAGGGCAACGGUGCCUUCGGUCUCCAUUGAUGCGGCGACGGCCAGGUGGCUCUACUUUCUCGGGCUGCGCGACACGCCUGGCUCCACCCGCCUGGAACCAGCACUUCCGAGGACCCAGGAACAGCUGGACUGGAUCAACGGAUUGCAUGAGCAGGACAUGCCCUCGGUGAUGACAGGCUUCCUCCGCGUCAUGUCGAUGCUGCUUGUGGAGAUCAGCCAGCUGUUGGUUACUCACCAGGCGAGCUUCAUGGUUACCGUGCCCCUUGAUGAGGACGACGCUGAUGACGUCAUGUGGAUGCAAGGAGCGCAUCAGGUGCGCAAACGGCCCAAGCUGGAGCCAAAGCCACCAACAGCAGCAGACCUGGAGGAGGAGCACUUUGAGACCUUCCUCGCCCGGCAAGAGCAAGAAGAGCGAGAGAGGCAACAGGAGCAGAGGGAGCAGGAAGAGCUCGCGUGGGAGGCUGCGGAGUCCGCUCGAGCACAACGACUCUGGAGUGAAGUGCAAGCAGAGCAAUAUCGUGACUGGGAACAAUGGGAAGUUCUCAACCAGCCGCCACCAGUACCGACGCGCCAAAGACUACGCCUCGUGGCGGAGGUGGCAGGUAGCACUUCGUCCUCUUCUACCUCAACGGUGCCUGUGGUCACGGAGUGCCUUUUGCCGCGGCUUCACAGAGGACGACUCAAACUGACCAUCGAAAUGGAGGAAGUCGGGGUCCCCAUGUCACCCCCUCCUGGCGCACAAGUUGGGACAACUCCAUUGCCGAGGGCAUCGCCGAGACCACCAUCGCCCUUGCCAACGGACACGAACACCAGUCAGGACCUGCACAUGACUGAAGAAAUGCUCCAAAGGGCCUAUACCACGUGGCUGCAGGGGGGUUACACGGAUGACGAGGUCAGGACGCUCUUUGGGGACGACACGUUGUCCACCUUCUUGGCUGAAUGGGUGGUCAAGCAGGAUGAGCAGGAUGAGCUGCAGGAAGAGCUGCAGGACGGAGUGGUUGUGGAACAGGGUUUGGACCAAGCACAGGGUGAGGGCUCGGACAACCAUGGCGGGAACGGCGACAUCUACAACCGGCCUGAGGGGUAA